AUGAUAUGGUUCUGCGUCGCCGUGCUUCCCGCGCUAUGCACUGCUUUCAGGAUUCGCACGGCGCCGCGGGCGACACGCUGCUCGCCGUUUGCUCUCGCCGUCUCCAGACAUGACAUCUACCGGCUGAGGCGCCAGAAAGAGAUUCUGGACGCAAUGAACUUCAUUCUGUCACGCCAGGACAAGUUGCCGAUUGGACGACACCUGGAGCCAGAAAUAGUCGACGGAAUGAAUGUAAUCGAGGUCGCGCUGAAUUCAGACUGCUCACAUGCGCGGCUGAAGUUGUGCAUCACGGGAGACUCCUUCCAGCAACGGCAGGGCUUUUCGUGGCUGUCGAAGAACAUUAAGUUCCUGCGAUACCGGCUCGCACAGCUCUUGAGUCACCGCAAGAACGUGCCCACGAUCUCUUUCGAGCAUCACAACCUGGUGCAACAGGCAGGUAGGCACGGCCGUUUAGGAUCUCAGAAUGUUGCAGAGGUAUUAAUGAAGAUGAACGAACACGUGAUGCGCCGCACUCUGCGCUCCGACUCAGGUGCGGCUGACGAAGACAAAAGCAGCGGCAACGACAGCCCUCCGCCUGCAGACGGGCGCAAGGGCUUUCUGCUUGUGUAG